AUGGCAUCUCCAUCUAACACACAGUCUGUAUUACAUGCCAGUCAACUUCAGCUAGGUGUCAACAACCUUCAGUCAUCUAAUAAUAAUAAUCAAAAUCAGUUAUCUGUAAGAAAAUCUGAAAGUAUCAGUCAAUCAGACAGCAUUAUUCAUACAUCUAAUGAAGAGGACCUUCUUGUGUCAUUGCGUCAUGAUAAAAAUGAUCAGUUUACUCAAACCAAGAAUCAUAGUUUGUUAUGGAAAGCUAUUGCAGAAGAAAUCAACAAGACAUUAAACUGCAACAUUACAUCUACUCAGGCAAUGAACAAGUACUUCAGUUUAAAGAAAAAAUGGAAGGAAGUUGUAGAUGCAGGGACAGGCACAGAAGCAAAAUUUUUCAGACAGAAAAAUGACUUUGAUCAGUUAUAUGGCACUAAAGCCAGUACAAAACCCCAGUUCUUACUCGACAGUACAAAGUCGCCAGUUGAGUAUCGGGACAUAGAGAAAGCUGAAAUGUCAGGAGAUCUACAACCCCCCAGUGUAAAAAAGGAGAUGCCAGCAAGAAAAACAAAAGAAAAAAUGAUGGAACGUCAGAACACUGAAUUCCAUGAAAGAAUGGAGCAACACCACCAAGCAAAAAUGACCAGAAUGGAUAGAUUUCUUGAUCUGUAUGAAAAAGACGUUAAUUCUAAGACCAAUUGACAACUAAAUCACAGUCUUGAAUUGUUUGACAUUUGUGAUGUGUAUAUUAGCAAAAGUUUUUU